UUGUUUCUAAACAGGACCUUUGUGACUUUGUCCACUUGCAAAUGUUGUCACCAGGUCGCGAUCUGGAAGAGUAAACAGCCCAUUGUAAGUUCCAGUAGAUAAAUUAUGGCACUUGUGCAUCAAAAUCAGAGGACUGCUUGCUUGUUCUGGUGAGAGGACAUAUUCUGGGACACUCUUUACUCCAAGCUGUAAGAUCAUCAUUAAAUCCUUUCAGUCAUGGCUUUCAAGGCAGCCAUCUUUGAUGUAGGUGGAGUUCUGAAAGAAAAUCCUGAUGCUUAUUUGAAGCAGUACUCGGAAAAAAAUGGCCUGCCUUCGAUGUUUAUGAGGGAGGUCUUUCAUAAGGGAUCUCCAAACAAUGCCUUCAGUAAAAUGGAAUCAGGAGAGUAUACAUUUUCCCAGGGUAUCGGUGAGCUGCAGAGAGAUUUUGAGAAGGCAGCCAAAGAGAAGAAUGUUAAACUUCCAAAGUCAUUCAACAUUGAGAAGAUAAUGAUGGAUCUGCUGAAACUUCCUAUUUACAAAGAAAUGAUCAAUGCCAUCAUAGGCUUGAAGAACAAUGGUCUGAAAGUUGGUGUCUUAACCAACACCUUUGUUUACGACCUUCCUUUAUUGGAUGAUGAGGACCCUGUGCGCCGUACUGUGUCAAUGAAGCUCAUCUUUGACCAGAUCAUUAAAUCAUGUCAUGUUGGCAUGAGGAAACCAGACCCAGAGAUCUACAAAUUGGCAUGCAGAGAGAUGGGGGUGGAACCCAAAGAAGUUAUCUUUGUGGAUGAUCUGGAGAGCAAUGUGAAUGGUGCAAAGGCCGUUGGCAUGACAACUAUCUUGUUUACUGAUGUCAAAUCUACUCUGACAAGGUUGCAAGAAUUGACUGAUGUUAAUGUCUUUGAAAAGGCAAAACCAAUUUCAGUUGACCCAGAGAAGAUUGCCCACGGAUAUGCAACCUCAGAGGAUGGUGUAAAGCUGCACUAUGUCGAGAUGGGAGAAGGACCAGCAGUCAUUCUGUGUCAUGGUUUCCCUGAAUCUUGGUAUUCCUGGAGGAAACAGAUUCCUGCUUUGGUCUUAGCUGGCUAUCGAGUCAUUGUUCCUGAUCAGAGAGGCUUUGGUCUUUCCUCGGCUCCUAUGGAAAUCAAGGAUUAUACUCAUGAUCAUUUGUGCAAGGACAUCAAGGACAUCAUGGAUUCCUUGAAUAUUCCUCGAGCAACUGUUGUUGGUCAUGACUGGGGCGGUGUUGUCGUGUGGUUGAUGGCACUUAGAUAUCCAUCCCGUGUCAGAGCCGUGGUAGGUGUCAACACACCAUACUUCCCUCCUGACCCACGUGUCAACCGUUGGGACAGAAUCCGUGAGGAUCCAGGCGUUCUUGAUUAUCAGCUGUACUUCCAGGAACCGGGCGUGGCUGAAGCUGAACUUGAGAAAGACUUGGAGAAAACCUUCAAAUAUUUCUUCAGAACAUCUAGUAAACAGGAUUAUUACCCUGGAAUGGAGAAGUGUACUGUCGCCAACGUAAGGCAGAGGGGUGGUUUGCUUGUUGGUGUUCCUGAUAAUCUUCCAUUACCCUCCCUGCUGACGGAGAAAGAUCUGGCCUACUAUGUCAAACAAUACAAGACAUCAGGAUUCAGGGGUCCUCUGAACUGGUACCGAAAUCAUGAUCAGAAUUGGAAAAAUUCUGUAAAAGAUGUUGGUCGCAAGAUUUAUGCACCUUCUCUGAUGGUGACUGCUGGCAAGGAUCGAGUGUUGCCACCAGAGCUCAGUAAACCAAUGGAAGAAUGGGUGCCUAAUCUGUCCCGAGUUAACAUUGAGGAUUGUGGCCACUGGACUCAAAUGGAAAGACCUAAUGAGCUGAAUGAAGGUCUCAUUAAAUGGCUGAAUGACGUCCACAAAAAAGCCAACAUCCCAGUGCUUCCAAGAUUUUGACUUGGAUAUAUCCUCCAGAGCAGUUUAUCUGGCAUCUUAUAAAGAGGGAAACAAACAUACAAAUCCAGACGAACAUCACCAAAUGCAUGAGACAUUGAUAUAAUUAAAGAAAAAAGCAAGGCUUUGGUGUAUAGUGUUAGCCGCCCCCAUCCAGUACUGUUCCAUUCAUUCAUAGAUGCUGUGAUAUGAAAAAUAAUUUUACUCAGUUGGGCAGAUUUGGAUUAAUGAAUUAUCAGAUGUGAAAUACAGGUUUGUCUUGUUGAAAAUUCAUAAGACUAUGCAAAUUUGUCAGACCGCUCUCAUUCUAAACAUAACUGUUUUAAAUGCAAAUGUUUGGACACACAAUGUAUUACAUGUAUUGUUGAUGAAGGUAAGCCUUUGUUUCCAUUGUGGAAACUUUCCCAGGGUUCCUCUUUUUCAAUGUAAAUGGUAGUAGAUUGUAACAAAGUAAACAGUUGUUACAUUCCUUUAAGUCCUUUUUUUAAGUAUUUUUAUUAACACUUUUUAGAACUCUAGUACUUUAGUUUUCUGUUCUUGCAUGAUUGGCUAUCUGCCUGUACUUGUGCCAGUUUUGGUCGAUGUCAUUUUCUGUUUUUACUUGAAAUGCUGACCAAUGCAUAGGAUUUAACUGAGAUAUCACUAAGCAAACAGAUGAGUGUUUCUGCCACUUUUAUUGGAGAUUUACGCUUAGUGUGAUAUAAUUCAGUGGUCAGUGUUAGCAAGCCGUAUGAGACAAUUUCUCACGUCUUAAAAUAAGCCACCUCUUUCUUUUCUUGAAUUUUUGUCAUUGGUCUUUACCAGGAUUUAAGUAUUCAUGAAAUAGCAUGAAAUUUUAAAGAUUCAUUUUCUGCUACAUGGAAUUUAACUUCAACAUAUUUUAUCAGUUUUUAAAACUCAGUUAUCAGUCUGAAAUUUCUAACUAGUUUCUUGGAAGUAAACUUUUGAAGAUU